AUGCCGUCUGAAGUGGGCGGUGAUGGGGGCUUGAACUGUUUUUCUUCUCUCGACGCCCACUUCCUCGCUCUCAUUUCUUCACGCCCAUCUCUUCAAACCUUCAACCUUCACGCCCAUCUCUUCAAACCUUCAACCUUCACGCCCACCUCUUCAAACCUCCCAAUCUUCACGCCCAUCUCUUCAAACCUCCCAGCCUUCACGCCCACCUCUUCAAACCUCCCAAUCUUCACGCCCAUUUCUUCAAACCUCCCAGCCUUCACGCCCACCUCUUCAAACCUCCCAGCCUUCACGCCCAUCUCUUCAAACCUCCAACCUUCACGCCCAUCUCUUCAAACUCCAACCUCACGCCCACCUCUUCAAACCUUCAACCUUCACGCCCAUCUCUUCAAACCUCCCAACCUUCACGCCCAUCUCUUCAAACCUCCCAACCUUCACGCCCAUCUCUUCAAACCUCCAACCUUCACGCCCACCUCUUCAAACCUUCAAUCUUCACGCCCAUCUCUUCAAACUUUCACGCCCAUCUCUUCAAACCUCCAACCUUCACGCCCAUCUCUUCAAACCUCCCAACCUUCACGCCCAUCUCUUCAAAACCUUCAACCUUCUUCAACCUGCCCAUCUCUUCAAACCUUCAACCUUCACGCCCACCUCUUCAAACCUCCCAACCUUCACGCCCAUCUCUUCAAACCUUCAACCUUCACGCCCACCUCUUUCAAAGCCCGCCCACCUCUUCAACCUCCCAGCCUUCACGCCCAUCUCUUCAAACCUUCAACCUUCACGCCUUCUCUUCAAACCUCCCAACCUUCACGCCAUCCCUUCAAACCUCCAACCUUCACGCCCAUCCUUCAAACCUUCAACCUUCAAUCCUUCAAACCUUCAACCUUCACGCCAUCCCUUCAAACCUCCAACCUUCACGCCCAUCUCUUCAAAACCUUCACGCCCAUCUCUUCAAACCUUCAACCUUCACGCCCACCUCUUCAAACCUCCCAACCUUCACGCCCACCUCUUCAAACCUCCCAGCCUUCACGCCCAUCUCUUCAAACCUUCAACCUUCACGCCCAUCUCUUCAAACCUCCCAACCUUCACGCCCAUCCCUUCAAACCUCCAACCUUCACGCCCAUCUCCCUCCAACCUUCACGCCCAUCUCUUCAAACCUCCAACCUUCACGCCCCUCUUCAAACCUUCGCGCCCAUCUCUUCAAACCUCCCAACCUUCACGCCCACCUCUUCAAACCUCCCACCCUUUACGCCCAUCUCUUCAAACCUUCAACCUUCACGCCCAUCUCUUCAAAUCUCCCAGCCUUCACGCCCAUCUCUUCAAACCUCCCAGCCUUCACGCCCAUCUCUUCAAACCUCCCAGCCUUCACGCCCAUCUCUUCAACCUCCCAACCUUCACGCCAUCUCUUCAAACCUCUUCACGCCCAUCUCUUCAAACCUCCCAGCCUUCACGCCCAUCCCUUCAAAUCUCCCAGCCUUCACGCCCAUCUCUUCAAACCUCCCAGCCUUCACGCCCAUCCCUUCAAAUCUCCCAGCCUUCACAUCUCUUCAAACCUCCCAGCCUUAA